UCACCCCUUCACACACACGACGAUCACCAGCAACGUACAUCACAUGAGCAGAUCAUCUUCCUCCUCCACCCCGUCCCAAACCAAGUCCUCAUCACAUCUCCGCCUCCAACCCGAUCUCACCUGGACCACACCGUCAUUCCCGCCCGAUGCCGUGACUGCUCAUGCUGUGCCUGUGGCGGUGGCUGCAGCAUUGGCGCCGCUUGCUCCAGAGUAUGUCCUGGCUGAUCCGAUGACGGGCGAGUGUGAGGCGGCUGGUCUGGUCUCGGCGCCGACGCUGGGAAUGGAUGAGUGUGCCCGAUGCGAGGGCUGCCGGAGCUACAUGACUCCGUGGAGUUCAUUCUCAGCUGCUCGGGCGCAUCGUGGUCGCUGGCGAUGUGCUCUGUGUACCGCCUGGAACGAUCCGGCUACACCGGUGCUUGCUGCUCGCUACGCCACGCCAGCAUCCCAGAGCAAGCAGCCUGAGCUGGCGUCAGCGGUGGUUGACUACGUCGACAUGGAUCUGGAUGCGCUUACUGAUGCUGGCGAGGUGGAUCUUGCAGCGAGUCUAACCACCGCCCUGGCGGUCAUCUACCUGGUCGACGUCACCGCCGAUGCAGAGACACUGGCUCACGUCCAAGCCUCCCUCCUCGGCGGGCUGGAAGGCUUGCCAUCCGGCGCCCAUGUCGGCCUCAUUGCGCUCGACGGCUGCCGCAUGGGCUUGGCUGCCGUCACCCAUGACACCGCCGAGUUGCCAGUCUUCCGAUGGGUCGAGACGUGCGCCGGCGACGACGCCGUCCCCCUCAUCGACGUCGUCGACUGGCCUUGGCUCGUCGCCGAAAAGGCGAGCUCGUACGAGACGCUGGCGGCCGCGCUUUCCGGUCUGGGUCCGGCGCCGGCGCCGGCGCUGGCGGCUGCAACCGAGCGAGCUCCCGAUCUGGCCGGCGCCUUUGCCGCCGUCCUCGACCUCGUCGAGGCCUCUCCCACAUCGGAGCACUACACGGUGGCGGUGAACGUGGUGCUGGCUUCGAGCGCCCGCGACGUUGCGUCUGGAGGCUACGAGGCGCUUGGCGCGCGUGCUGCCGAGCUCGGUGUCGCCGUCUCGGUCUACGGCCUGCGGCUGUUCAAUGGACCCAUCGGCCUUGGUGCCGUCGCCGGCCUGGCCACGGCCUCCGGCGGCGCCCUCGGGGUGUACGACCUGCCCAUGGGGGCCGGAAGCGGCGCGUCGUCGGAGCUACCGCAGGAUCUGUUUCUUGCCGGCCGUGCCGAGAGCCGCGGCCACAUCCUGCACGACGCCCAAGUUGUCGUCCGCCUCUCGACCGGCCUCCGCACCCGGCUCGUCUCGGGGCCUUGCACCGCUGACGAGCUUGUCGCCUCGCGGGUCAGCACCGGCGCUGUCCGCGUGCACACCGGCCUAGUCGUCGAGCUCGAGUACGAGUCAGCGUCGGCCAAGCUACCUGCGCUUCCUAUUGUCCAGCUUGCGGUCCGCGGGCUGGUCUAUUCUCCGAGCGCAAAGCGGAUGGUGCCUGUGGUUCGAGUUGUCUCGGCACGGCCGGCGUCGCUCGCCACCUCGCCGUGGGACGUGCUUGCUGCGAUGGCGGUCGCGCCUGUGGCCAAGGUCCUUGCCCUCUCGGCGCUUGGCGCCGAGCACUCGGCCGACGCGGUGGCGCAGGUCAUCGGCGGCAUGGUGACCGACAUCGAGCGGCUGGUGCCCAACGUGGCCGUGGGCAGCGGCGGGCUUUUGCAGCGGCUGGCCGAGGUUGGCGCGCCACAGCUCGCGCACGUUCUUCGUGUGGCGCAUGCACUGUGCGUGCGCUCCGCGAACCGCGACUCGCUCGGCGACGGCGGCGUCCGCGACGCUGCCGCCUGGAUUCUCGGCGAUGCCCGCGCUGUGCUCGCUGGCCUGUACCCUGUCCUUGUGGCUUGGGAGAGUGAGGAGGUGGUUGGCCGCCGCGGCGUGCUUCCACUCUCGCGCCGGGCUGUGAUGGAUGCCACCACCCGGGGCGCGCAGUUUGUUGUGGCCGACGGCGGGCACAACGUCGUCGUCUACGGCUCCAGCGGGGUGCCAGCCGUCGGCUCGGCGCUCCGCUCGCGCUACACUGGGGCCAAGAUCGCGUCUGCACUCGGCGUCCGCGCCCGGGUUGUCAUCACCUCGGCCGGCGGCGUCGGCUCGGACGCCCUCGAGCACGUGCUGGUCGAGGAGGGCGUCGUCGGCUUUGUCGAUCCGCUCGAGUCCUGGGUCGAGGGCUUUCGGCGGUAGCGCGCUCCCACUGACUGGAUACAGUAACUGGUAGAGUGUUUUAUUGCAAACUGAGAGCACCACUUACAUGUCCUUGAAGAACUUGGGCUUGCCGGUAUCGACCGACUCGUCGACCUUGUCGGCAUCAGCAAGGAAAAUGCUGCGGACGAGGAUGGACUUGAUGACCUCGGUGACGAGCAGAUGCAUGAUGACGGCGCCGAUGACGUAGGCCCAGUCGCGGACGUUGAGCGGCCACUGGUCGAGCUCGGGGCCAAGGCCCGGGAUGUAGCAGAUGAUGAUGAGGAUGGCAAGCGAGAUGCCGAUGCCGUAGUUGAGAACCUUGUUGCCAAGGGCAGCCUUGUUAAAGACCGACUGC